UCCCUUUUCCCCUCAAAUCCAUCCUCCAACCAUUUCUUCACACACUCCUCCCUCUCUGCUCACCAACCACCACCACCACCACCACCAUUCUGGUUGUUCUUUUCCAGAGAGAGAGAGGAAAUGGAUAAAACUUCAGUUGCAGUACUACUUUGUGUUCUUUCUGUUGUGUCUUUGGUUACUCUGAAGGUUGAUGCAAGAAUCCCUGGUGUUUAUCAAGGUGGCGGCUGGCAAUCUGCUCAUGCUACCUUCUACGGCGGAAGUGAUGCCUCUGGCACCAUGGGUGGUGCUUGUGGGUAUGGAAAUCUAUACAGUCAAGGUUAUGGAGUACAAACAGCGGCACUAAGUACAGCAUUAUUCAACAAUGGUUUGAGUUGUGGUUCAUGUUUUGAACUGAAAUGUGCUAAUGAUCCACAAUGGUGUCAUUCCGGCAGUCCGUCGAUUUUGAUUACGGCAACUAAUUUCUGUCCACCCAAUUUCGCACAAGCUAGUGAUAAUGGUGGUUGGUGUAACCCUCCUCGUCCACACUUUGAUCUUGCUAUGCCUAUGUUCUUGAAGAUUGCUCAGUACCGUGCCGGGAUUGUUCCUGUUGCUUAUCGCCGUGUGCCAUGUAGAAAGAAGGGAGGAAUAAGGUUCACACUGAAUGGAUUCAGGUACUUCAACUUGGUUCUAGUAUCCAACGUCGCCGGUGCCGGUGACAUCGUACGUGUAAGCGUCAAAGGCUCAAGAACAGGAUGGAUGACAUUGAGUAGAAACUGGGGACAGAACUGGCAGUCAAAUUCAGUACUAGUAGGCCAAUCGCUUUCGUUUAGAGUAACAGGUAGUGAUCAUCGUACAUCGACUUCUUGGAAUAUCGUUCCGGCAAACUGGCAGUUCGGACAGACGUUCACCGGAAAGAAUUUCCGGGUUUGAAAAACAACUAAUUGGAAUCAAAAACUUUAACUUGGCGCCAUUUUGAUUUUUUCUUUUUGUGGUGUGUGAUGACAACAACAAAGUGAAAGUGAAAAUCAAUAGCAUAAAGAAGAGUACUUAAAGUAUAAGUAGAGUUGUGUAUUUAGUUAAAGAAAAUAGAAGAAAUGGUGGAGGGGAAUUUGAAUGUUAAUGGCGGUAAAGCUUAAGCUGUAGAGGUUGCUGAGAAAAAACCCACAGUUUUAGCUAUGGAUUAUAUUAUAGUUUAAGGUAUAGUAGUGAUUGAUGAUUAUGAUUAAGAAUUGAGAUUAAUCAACUAAGUGUGGCUAUUUUUCUUGUUUUAGUUUUUCAAAUUUUCAACUUCUUAUAAAGAAGCAUUUGUAUUACAUUA